GUCAAAUACACUCUCUCUCUCGGCUUUAUCGUCAGACUUGUAAAAACUUAAAACCCUGAGAAGAGAGGAGCCUCUUUGUGGAUUGAAGCUUCAGUUCAGUUUUCAGAAGUGUCUCUUCCACUGCUUAACGAGGAAUGACGAGAACAACAGCACGAUGGAUGUAAGGCGAUAGUGAAAGAGGGUUGAUGGAAGAAAGUACAAACAAAUGCACCAGGACGACAACACCACUCCAGUGAUUGUCCGGGGAUAGUGAAACAGAAUUGGUGAGAGGAAAUACAAACAGACUCUUAUGUCAUAAUUCUAUUGAUUUCUCUAAUGUUUACGAAGCAUGUGUGUGUGUAUAUGUGAACAUAAUUAAUUACCUGUAGUAUGACUUUAAACGAACCAAUCUUGGUUACUUUUUAGAAACAACAUGGAGGAGGAGGGUGUGGGAGGAGAGGAUAGGAUCAGCAGGUUGCCUGAACCCAUAAUUCAUCACAUUCUCACUUUGCUUCCUACCAAACGUGUUGUUUCAACAACAAUUUUAUCUAAAGGAUGGAAUAAUCUCUGGAUAUCUGUGCAUGUUAUCUCCUGAUACCCGAGAAACACAAUCUUCUACCAAUAGCUUCAUGGAUUUCGUGGACAGGGUGUUGUCAUUUCGUAACAUGCUAGAGAUUAAAAAAUUCUGUCUCACCUGUGACGGUGAGUAUUUUGAUGACCAGCGGAUAAAGGCUUGGAUUACUACCGCCAUUAAGUGUAAAGUUAAAGAGCUCAUUGUCAAUAGGAAUGCCAUUGAAAAUGUGGAUAUUAUUCCUGUCGACCUUUACACUUGUGAAUCACUGACGUUGCUAGACCACGACAAUCCGUGAUGGUAUACCACGACAUUUUGUGGUGUCUGAUAUCAAAAUCAAGAUUGAUGCACCGAAUCUAAUGUCCAUCACAAUCCGUGAUGGUAUACCACGACAUUUUGUGGUGGAGAGCUUUCCAUCACUAUUGGAUGCAGAUAUACACUACAUGUAUACUGAGGAAAGUGUCCCGGUUGAUGUUAUACCGAAGUUUGUAGAGAAGAUCUCUAAUGUAAAGCUCUUGAAGUUAUCUGAUUAUGUCUUUGAGAAACUGGAGAUGGCAGGUGUUCGAUCUACAAGUUUUCCUACCUUCAAUAAUUUGAACACUUUGGAGGUGUCUUUUAUCAAGACUCAGCUAGUUAAACCAUUAUUCACCUUUCUACAGUUCUCACCAAAUUUGGAGUCACUCGUCUUCCGUGGGGUCUAUCGUGAUAAAGUUAAUGAGGACGCUUUUACAUUGGACGUAGUGCCUCAUUGUUUGUUGAUGAACCUCAAGUCAAUCAAAUUUCAAUACUUUAAAGGGCAACUGAAGGAGUUGGAUUUGGUUCAACUGUUUUUGCAGAAUGCAAGGGUUCUUCAGAUGGUGAUUAUUGAAAUUUCAUCUGAUCAUUUCUUAAACUCAAAUAAGAAGAAACAUACCGCAGAGGAUGUUGAAGAUUUCAAUAAGAAGAUUAUGGAGCAGUUAUUGAAGUAUAAAUGGGCUUCAACAGAUUGUGUGGUUAAGUUAUGUUCUUUUUAGAUAUCUGGAUGCCUGCUUGCUCAUCUGAAAUCUAUAGAAUGCUUAUUUCUUUGUAUUCAGUAACUUUUCUCUAGAUUUUACCUUAUUUUUAUGUUCAUUUGGAAGAUGAUGUCA